ACAUGUAGGUGCAGAUUACGGGCAAAGGACAGGUUUAAGGGAAGCACCGGCGCAAGGAAGCCGAAGACAUCGGACCCCGAUACAAAACUUGUCCUUUUACUCCAAGCUAUGCCGUUCGGGCGCGCGGGCAAAGGGCAGCAGCAGAGCAACAGCCCCGGGGCGUCGCCAGCACUCCAACAGCAGCACCAAAUCCAACAAGGCUUCUCCCAGCAACACCAGCAGCAGCAGCAGCAGCAGCAGCAACCGCAGCAGCAACAUUCCUUAGCAAGCGGUGUUGCGCAGUUAUCAUCGCCCGCCAACGUCUUCAGCCCCGUUGACGCAUCUCCCAAAAAUCCUAUUCAGACCAUACCGAUCAGACAGUCGAGUAAUACCUCGUUCGAUUCGCGAUUUCAGCAGCAGCCGCAGCAGCAGCAGCAGCAGCAGGCACAACAACAACAACAAUCCAGCCCAUCGGCGCAGAUCGACUUUGAUCAAGUCGGCCGGAGCCAGAGCCAUCGCUUCCCACAGCAACCACCGCCUCCUGCUUACGCAGUUGCCUCGAGCUCCUUUGACGACCUCCAUUCCACACACUCGCUCGCCGUUUCAUCGCCAUUGGUUCAGCAAGGACAGCACAACUUUCCCACGUCGCCAUUGCUUCAGCAUCCCCAACAUCCUCAACAUCUUCAGCAGCCGCCGCUGCAACAACAGCCCCCUCCAGUCGAGACUCGCAAAUCCACACGGAAGCUUGUUAAGAACAUAUUCUCUUCGAACCGCAGCUCCGACAAUUCUUCACAACAUCAGGCAAAGGGGUCAAUUGAUCAAGGUUCUCCUCAAACCCAACGGCGAGCCUCGCAGCGGGUAAGCCAGACUUUUCACGGCAGGAGCCCAGUACCUCAAGCAGCAUCGGACCAGCAGCAGCAACAGCUUCAUCAGCUACAUCAGCAACAGCAGGCGCAGCAGCAGCAAUCCCCUGCCGACUGGCAAUCCCAAGUGUCGAGCGCAGAUCUAGCCCAGUUGAACACGCGGGAUCCCCUUCGACUCGGGAUCCGUCAAGUUCAAACGGAUCUAGGACCUGCAUCCUAUAGCCAAGGCGAACAGGCCGCACUAUAUAAUCACCAGCAGCAUUCCGGAUCUUCCCAGGAACUGUCUCGUACCCAGGGCCAGUCACAGUUUGAUUCGUCGGGGCACCAGCACCACCAGUUUCAGCUCCAAACACAGCAAUUCCACAACCACUCUACCGGACCGCCUCCAGUAUAUACAGGUGGACACCUGGGGCCGAAUCCAAACAACCAGAACCCGGAGACAAUUUCGCAACUUUCGCGCGACUCACCCAUUGCUGACUCGGAGCAGAUAGCUAUCAACUUGCAUUCAAGUCAAAACUCUCCUGCAGUUAACUAUCCUCCAAGCUCGCAAGACUUCUCGAACCCUGGGCCCCACCACCAGCACCAGCACCAGCAGCAGCAGCACCAUCAGCAGCAGCAUCAACACCAACAACAGGAUCAAGGUCAGAGUCAGGUUCCAAGUCAAGGUCAGGGCCAAACACGGCAGUCGCAGUCGCACCAGCAGCAUCAAUCCCGUAAUCCCCUAGACGGCGAAGACAUGGCUCCGCCUGGCCAACCAGGGCAGCCUCCGAUUCGCCGGUCUCAGGACACCGAAAAGGGUGUGCGGGGUCAGCAACAGAUGGAACCCCCACCCGGCCCGCCUCCAAACUACAGGCACAGCCAAUCUUCCUCUACAAACCCAAUGCAACAGUCUGGCCCUGGCGGCAUGCCUCAAAACUUUAGCAGAGGCGGCGGCGCGUCUCAGGACCGUCAGUUUAACGAUGCGCAACCCGGUGAGAGGACCAGCAGUCCUCAGCCCGAGGCUGUCGAACCGGAUAAGGCCUUCAAAGAGCUACUGACCAAAUACAAGAACGUCAAAAGGUUGUACUUUGAUGGAAAGAACCAGAUUGAAGGGCUCAACAAUCAGGUUGAGCAAUUGCAAAAUGCGGUCGCGAAUCAGCGCAUCUCACAGUCCCGCACGGCGCUCGAUGACAAUGAGUACACAACGCGGUUCAACCGCCUCAACGGUGCCAUUAACAACCUGUCGUUCAACAUCCGCAAGGACUGGGUCAUGAUUCCUCCACUACUGGAUGGGUUCGUCAGCCCCGAUGCGCUACGGACCGGCAAGCAGGAGAUGACGGCAGUUGGUCGGGCUGCCAUCACACACUGGGUUGUCGAGUUCGUCUUCAACAAGUGUUUUCACCCGGGUCUGCCACCGGACCUGUCGCGCGAGCUCAAGCACAUCGAGCAGAACAUACGGACAUUUUCAUACACCUUGAACAGUCAAGAGGAGUAUGAUGCGCUCACGUCCAAAGUGGUCAGCUGGAGAAUGGCGACGCUCGAGGGUCUACAGCCAGUGCUGCAGUCAUCAAGGAGUGCGGAGCACCGUGUUGAAUUCACAAGACUAGCAUCUGAAGGUUUAACCAACAAGCUCUUUGAACAUUUGACAAACCCGCCCCCUCCAGGCGUGGAUGGCAGUGUGUCGAUGAUAGUCGAGCUCGCCGUCGGCAUUGCGGCCAACUUACCCCUGGAGAGCCGUGACGUGGCAGUGACGUACCCGCAGCCUGGGUCGCAGAUAAACCCAAGCCUGAUGGAAGUGGAGAAGACGGGUCUGCCCGCACUCGAGAUGCGGGCGGUGGAGGGCGAACGGGAAGGUGAUAGCGAUGAGCAGCAGGAGGACCGCACCGCGUCAAAGGACGGCAAGACCGGACAAAAGAGCGGGGCCUCGCGCAGCGGUGACAAGGCAGCCAAGAGCGGUAUGUCAUCAACACUUUCAAACAUUCUCGGCGGAUCUUCGCGCAAGGGCAGUGUGGCAUCGGUAGCCGGGCAACGACAGCAGUCGAUCUCUUCGGCCUCAAUCGUCAGCAUUGGUGGUACUGACGCGGGGACAUCAGCAUUAGCAGCAGCAGCAUCUUCGUCAACGACAAACUUGGUCCCGAAAGACGUCAGCAACAAGAUCCGGUAUGCCGGCUUUGUGGUCGUCGAGGUCAGGGGCCGACAGGUUCUCGUCAAGGCGCCCGUAUGGAGCAUUGCAUGA